UAAUUAAACAAUUUUAACAUAUAAAUAUAAUAUUAUAUAAACUCCACUUCUCAAAAAAUAAAAUUCGAUAUGUGUAUUGCAUUUGUUUUAAGUUUGACGCUCAACAAUAUCAAUUGCUAAACAUUACGCGCAGCCGCACGUGUUAUAUUCAUCGCGAAUAUUGUUAUUAGCUUUCAUGCUUCGUCAACAACAACAACAUUUCACAAGUCAAGUAUUGUAUAAAAGUUUUCUACAUAAAUAAGUGUACAAGUGGCAAUAAAGUAUUCAGUCCAGUUAAGAAAAAUGUUUGAUUUCACUUCUUCGCCCCAGUCGCCUGUUCUUCAUAUGGAGAAUCCUUUUCAAGCUGUCCUACAAUUUAUCUGGGAUGUGUUACUGUUUUUCGUAAAAGCCAUUUAUUACACCAUGGAGUCUGUCUACUAUUCUUUGCUGCCAAAUCGUUUGCGUAAACUAAAGAAUGUUUCAGGACAGGUCGUGGUAAUUACUGGCGGUGGAGGAGGAGUGGGAAGAUUGUUAUCAUUGAACUUCGCCAAAUUAAAUGCUCGUGUAGUCAUCUGGGAUAUCAAUCAAGAAGCGAUAAAAACUACGGUGGAAUUACUUGCUCGAAAUGGCUAUGCAUGUAAAGGGUAUGUUGUUGACAUUUCUGACCGGGAGCAAGUAUACGAACGAGCAGCGCAAACUAUUAGAGAAGUGGGUAGUGUCGAAAUUUUAUGCAAUAAUGCCGGUGUAGUGUGCUGUCGUCCAUUUUGGGACCUGCCAGAUCGUGUUAUACAGAACACUUAUAAUAUUAACAUAAUUUCCCACUAUUGGACUGUGAAAGCGUUUCUUCCGCAAAUGAUGCAAAACAACAGGGGUCAUAUAGUAACUGUGGGUUCAGUGACGGGUAUGUUGGGCACCUACGGUUGCAGUGAUUAUAGUGCAACAAAGUACGCCUGUAUUGGAUUUCACGAAAGUCUGUUAACCGAUUUAAAAGCACACGGUUACAACGGCAUUCACAUGACUUUGAUAUGUCCUUACUACAUCAACACAGGUAUGUUCUCUGGCGUACGCCCCCGAAUGUUUCCAAUGUUGGAACCGCAAUAUGUUGCUGAUCGCAUAUUAGAAGCGGUUUGUAAGAAUGAAGUAUGGUGUGUGUUGCCUAAUUCAAUACGCAUGCUGACUCCACUGAAGUGUCUUUUGCCCGCAAAAGUGUGCUGGGAGCUCAUGUCGAGAGUCAUCCGUGGUCCAGAAUCGAUGAUGUUGUUUCAGGGGCGCGGCAGAGUGCCAGCUGGUUAAGCAAAUUUUACCAAUGUUUAUAUACAUAUCUAUUUAUGUGCAUAUAUGAACACGCCUUAUACAAAUUUAGAUUUUAAUGUAAGUUUA